UUCGAGCUUCAAAAGAGAAGACGUCGGACCUGCAGCUUCAAACGAGAUUUGAUGUUGCUUUCUUUCUCCUCAUCGUUUGUCGCAUUCGUUUUCUCUUUCCAGUUCCCUCAUUUUUUUUCUCUUUUCUGCUUCGGCGGUUGGCGUUCGCGCCUCGUUCGCGUCUCUCCCUUUGCCGCGCUUCUCCUUCUCGAGAAAAUGUACCGCCGCUUCCUUUAAAGUUGCGGUGGUUCCAAUUCCAGUCUCUCUGUUGACACUCGUCUUGUCUUCACGACCAGAGAGUCGUUGUGCGCAUUCUCUCUCUUUUUGUUCGUCACCAGCUCUCGUCUUUCGCUCUUGAUCACUCGAGGCUCGUUUGCUUCUCCUUUCUCGAAUCGGCGCUGCCCCUUUUUCGCCCAUCUCACUCCUCGCUGCACUUUGCUUCCCCUUCGUCUUCGGCCUCGUCGUCUCUCUGCUUCCUCUCAUGUCGUUUUUCGUUCCCCUCUCGUCGUUCCUCUUGGCCGUCCAGUCUCCGCCUCGUGCUCCGAAGAAGGGCUUUCGACCACAGUGCUUCGCUCCCUCGAGCGUCUCUUUCUCGCGCAUCUGCUUCGUCUCCGGUCGCACCAGCUCGAGCGUUGUCAAGAAAAACGACGACUUCAUCUUGUCUCUCCUCUCGUCGUUUUCGUCGCGUUCUCUCUGCAAGUUUUCUCUUCUUCGCGUCUUUUCGCAUUCGCACAUGCACCACCAAACCAGCUGAAAUCCAAGAAUGUUGGCCCCCGAGCCUCUCACCUCUCCUCGUCACUCCCCUCCGUCUUCUUCUUCCUCGUCGUCGUCUUCCUCGUCUUCUUCUUCCUCUGCGUCGUCUUCCUCGUCUUCUUCUUCCUCUGCGUCGUCUUCCUCGUCUUCUUCUUCCUCGUCGUCUUCUUUCUCGUCUUCUUCUUCCUCGUCGUCUUCUUUCUCGUCUUCUUCUUCCUCGUCGUCUUCUUUCUCGUCUUCUUCUUCUUCUUCUGCUUCUGCUCAGCCUCCACCUUUUCUUCCUGGGGAUGGCAACGCAAACCGCGAAAGCCAUUCUCGUGAGUGGAGAUCUAGGAGAGGAGACACUCUCACAAACUCGGAAGGCGUCGCGGAGACAGCAGGAUCGGCCUCGCCCUCGAAGCUCACCGUUCGCGCGGAGAGAUUCUGUGCUCUCCUCGCGCGAUCGAACGUCGAUUUGAACGAACUGAAGCAACUGCUGUGGAGCGGGGUCCCCAAGUGUUGUCCAACUUCCAUACGCAGCGACUCUUGGAGAAUCGUCCUCGGCUACCUCCCCGUCAAUCGCGAGCGCGCUGCCCACGUUCUCGCGAAAAAGCGAAGCGAGUACAACGAGCUUCUUCAGCAUUACUACGAGAAAGAAACGCCUUCCGUCGACGAAGCGAAGCUGCUGCGCCAGCUGAGAGUCGACAUUCCCCGCACCCACUCUGGUCGUCUCUUCUUCAGCCACCCAAGAAUUCAAGCAUGCAUGGAGCGCGCGCUGUUUCUCUGGGCAGUCAAGAAUCCGGCGAGCGGAUACGUUCAGGGCAUGAACGACCUCAUCACUCCUUUCCUGUCUGUCUUCUUGGAAAGCAGUCUCGGACGCGAUCCAGACACAGUCUCCAUCGAUGAAAUUCCUGGAGGGAUCCUUCACGAGGUCGAGGCGGAUUCUUUCUGGUGUCUCUCGAAGCUUCUGGCGCACAUUCAAGAUCACUUCACGUUUGGACAACCCGGCAUUCAGCGAUCCGUCAUGAAGCUCACCGACAUCGUCAAGCGAGUUGAUGAGCCGCUGUACGUACACCUCAGCACGCAAGGCGUCGACUUUCUGCAGAUGUCCUUUCGGUGGAUGAAUUGUCUCCUCAUGAGAGAAUUUCCUCUCCGAUGCAUCAUUCGGCUUUGGGAUACGUACAUCGCCGAGCACGCAGAAGGCUUCAGUUCCUUCCACGUCUACGUCUGCGCUGUUUUUCUCGUCUUCUGGUCGCAGCAGCUGAAGCAAAUGAACUUCCAGCAGCUGAUGAUUUUCAUUCAAAAUUUUCCGACGGCCGACUGGUCCGAGCAGGAGAUGGAGACUCUCCUCGCCGAAGCAUUUGUAUUGAAGUCUCUCUUCCACGCGGCUCCAAAGCACUUGGGUCCCUGACCGGCUUUCCUCGUCGAGGACGGCGUUUCUCUUUUAUAUACUUAUGUCGAAGGAAGAACAUCGUUGUCGCGAAAGACAGGGUGCAAAGAGAAGGGCGUUCCGUGACUUCUCUGUUUUUUUCUUACUGUAUCGUUCCGCAGCAUCACCCCGUUCGCCAAGUCUUUCAGGUACUUGUCAAGACGCUGCUGCACAUCGCAGAGAUUCGAUUCGCUUCCUUUUUUCUCGUUUAUCAUUUCUCUUUCCUUCCUCUACGUCCUCCCCGUUCGCUUUCCAUUUCGCUUUCUCUUGAUUUCUAUUCUGUCUGA